UACCUGUGAUUCUGCAGUUAUGUUUCUCGAGCACCAAGUAGCCUUGGCUGGAAGGUAGCAGGGUUGUUGUCUGUGUCAGUCAAAGCUGGUGGAGGUGCGGAUUGGCUCGUUUCAACCCGCGGGACUCCAGGCUCCACCUCUCCAUCAGAGUCCUGCCUGCUGCGCUUGUUGCAGUGAGCGCGGAGGGUUUGUGCGCUCUCAGAUUACGCGAAGUUGUAGACAAGAACAGAUCGAAGACAUUCAGCCACGUACAGAAGGAGGAAAGCGGGGGAUCACUUCUGCCGUUUUUUUUAAAGCUGGGAAAUACAUUUACGUAUUCGGACAGAGGGUGAUAAAAAGCACCAAAACGAGUUUGUGGUAUUUACCUGAGAGACCAAGCAUACCCAACAGUAUGCGGUGCAGUUAUGGCAGGCAAGGGUAAGACAGUCGCGAGGACACUGGAGGAUUUAACGCUUGACUCUGGUUAUGGUGGAGCCGCGGACUCGGUCAGGUCGUCCAGCGUGUCGCUGUGCUGCUCCGACACGCAUCAGUCCUUCUCGCAUGGGGGCAACUGCUGGCAUCUGACGGAAUCCAUGCACAGCAGACACAACAGUUUGGACACAGUCAACACCGUCCUGGCGGAGGAGACGGAGAUACUGGAGUGGUCGGGUCAGUGCGCCAAACUGCCCGAGCUGGAGGACGCGCCAUGGAGCCUCGGCGAGGUGGAGGGCGCUCUGAGGAAAGACGAGGAGCUGAUGGUGGGCAACCCGUCACCGGAGAUCCUGGCGCGACUAUCGGCUCUCAUCAGCCGCGCGCUGGUGAGGGUGGCCCGUGAAGCACAGCGGCUCAGCCUGCGCUAUGCCAAGUGCACCAAGCAUGAGAUCCAGAGCGCCAUCAAGGUGGUGCUCUCUUGGACCAUCUCGGUCAACUGCAUCACGGCGGCUCUCAGCGCCCUGUCCCUCUACAAUAUGAGCACUGGGGACAAGUUCAGCCGAGGCAAGUCCGCGCGCUGCGCGUUGGUCUUCUCCGUGGGGAAGUUCUUCAGGUGGAUGGUGGAUAGUCGAGUGGCCCUCAGGAUCCAUGAACACGCUGCCAUAUACCUCACCGCCUGUAUGGAGAGUCUGUUCAGGGAGGUGUUCAGCCGCGUCCUGCGCAGCGCGCUAGUGGAGAGGGACAACGGGAUCCCCAAGUUCACGCUGGAGUCACUGGAGCAAGCCAUCAACAGCGACUCGGAGAUCUGGGGUCUGCUGCAGCCCUACCAGCACCUCAUAUGUGGCAAGAAUUCAAGUGGUGUGCUGAGCCUUCCAGAGAGUCUGAACCUGCACCGAGACCAGCAGCGCUCGGGGAGGGGUGGUGAGGAUCAUGGCUACACCCAGGCUGAGCUCCGCACACUGGAACAGUCGCUGCUUGCAACCCGGGUGGGCAGCAUCGCAGAACUGAGUGACUUGGUCUCCCGGGCCAUGCACCACCUGCAGCCACUGCACAUCAAGAACCCCAGCAACGGGACUCCGGUCCACCAGAAGACCAACACCACGGUGCACUGGGAGCCUGAGGCGCUCUAUACCCUGUGUUACUUUAUGCACUGCCCCCAGAUGGAAUGGGAGAACCCCAACGUCGAGCCCUCCAAAGUCACCUUACAAACUGAGAGGCCGUUCCUGGUACUGCCUCCGCUGAUGGAGUGGAUCCGGGUAGCGGUCGCACACACUGAGCAUCGACGAAGCUUCUCUGUGGACAGCGAUGAUGUGAGGCAGGCUGCCAGGCUGCUGCUCCCAGGAGUGGACUGUGAACCACGACAAAUAAAAGCGGAGGAUUGUUUCUGUGCCACCAGAAAGCUGGAUGCAGCCUCCACAGAGGCCAAGUUUCUGCAGGACCUGGGCUUCAGGAUGCUCAACUGUGGACGUACAGACCUGGUCAAGCAAGCCGUGAACCUGCUGGGGCCUGAUGGCAUUAACAGCAUGAGUGAACAGGGAAUGACCCCUCUUAUGUACGCCUGUGUCCGAGGUGAUGAGGCCAUGGUCCAGAUGCUGCUCGACGCCGGAGCCGACAUCAAUAGCGAGGUGCCAAGCACAGUAAACAAGCACCCCUCAGUUUAUCCUGAAACACGCCAGGGGACGCCGCUCACUUUCGGCGUGUUACACGGACACGUCCCUGUCGUGCAGUUAUUGCUAGAUAACAGAGCGAACGUGGAGGGCGCCCUGCAGGAUGGGGCAGAGAACUACACCGAGACCCCUCUACAGCUGGCCUCUGCUGCAGGUAACUUUGAGUUGGUGAGCUUGCUUCUGGAAAGAGGAGCCGACCCCAUGAUCGGGACCAUGUGUCGAAACGGCAUCUCGUCCUCUCCGCUGGGGGAUAUGAACUCAUACAGCCUGGCAGCAGCACAUGGCCACAGGAAUGUCUUUCGGAAGCUCCUGUCCCACUCAGACAAGGAAAAGGGGGAUGUGUUGUCCCUGGAGGAGAUCCUGGCUGAGGGUUCGGAUCCUGGGGAGAAGAGGUUGGCUCCACAGGCCAACUGUGGAGGAACCUUGCGAACAGGAAAGGCCAAACUGAGGGCCCUGAGAGAGGCCAUGUACCAUAGCGCAGAGCACGGCCAUGUGGACAUCACCAUAGACAUCCGCAGCUUAGGUGUUCCCUGGACGCUGCACACCUGGCUCGAGUCCCUGCGUACCUGUUUCAUCCAGCACCGCCGGACGCUGAUCCAAGGCCUGCUCAAAGACUUCAGCUGCAUUCAGGAAGAGGAGUACACCGAGGAGCUGAUCACACAUGGCCUGCCGCUCAUGUUCCAGAUCCUCCGAACCAGCAAGGUCACCGAGGCUUUCGUUCAUGUGCAUGUAAACAAAAUGCUUGUUAGAGAAACAUCAGACAAAAACGAGGUGAUCAGCCAGCAGCUAUCAGUCAUUUUCACUCAGUGCUAUGGGCCCUUCCCCAUCCCUAAGCUGACGGAGAUCAAGAAGAAACAGACCUCGCGCCUAGACCCUCACUUUCUGAACAAUAAGGAGAUGUCUGAUGUUACUUUCCUGGUGGAGGGGAAACCAUUUUAUGCACAUAAAGUGUUGCUGUUUACAGCUUCACCCAGGUUCAAGUCGCUGCUCCAGAACCGACCAGCAGCUGAGAACACCUGUAUUGAGAUCAGCCACGUCAAGUACAACAUCUUCCAUCUGGUCAUGCAGUAUCUGUACUGUGGAGGCACUGAGUCCUUGCACAUACGCAACACUGAAGUUAUGGAGCUCCUGUCUGCAGCCAAAUUCUUCCAACUAGAGGCCCUUCAGAGACACUGUGAGAUCAUCUGCUCCAAGAACAUCACCACCGAAACCUGUGUGGACCUCUACAAACACGCCAAGUUCCUCGGUGCCACGGAGCUUACAGCUUUCAUCGAGGGCUAUUUCCUGAAGAACAUGGUGCUGCUGAUUGAACUGGACAGCUUCAAGCAGCUUCUGUACGAACCUCCUCCCGCCGAGAGCCCCGGGUCCAGCCCCGUCAUCUGCUCCGACAUCCUCCACGACCUGGAGAAGACUCUGGCCACACGCAUCCACUCCAUUCACCUGUCCGCCUCCAAGGGCUCCGUGGUGUGACGCCGUCCUCCCGGAGCCCUCGGCUCCAGCCCCAGCAUCCAUUUAAUAUCCAGCAUCCUGCUAUACAUCCUCGUCCACCUGUUGUGACCCCGCUGCUGAAGAUGAGCUCUCGGGUGUUUUUAUGUCAGGGAUUCCCUUUAAUUCUGCCUGUCGCAGCCAGCAGAGGGUUCAUUUGCUAUAAGUCACAAACCCAGAGAGAGCUCUGUCAUCCCAGUGGCUCCCAGCGAUCACUUCACACACAUAUAGUAAGAAAAAAACUGACAUGACCCAGCAGCAUCACUUAGUCUGAUUAUAAAACUUUUUCUUGUAUUUCAUAUAGGAUACAUGCAUGAAGGACACACUGUAGACCUUUUUGCUUAAAAAGGUAGAGUAAUAUUUUAACUCAGUAGAAGCAACUUUCUCAUGAUCUCUGAUAUAAGACUUUGGUUUGCAAAUAACUAUGGAAGUUGGUGCCAUUGCAGUAUAAAGUCUGACACAUGCCAAAACAUAAAUAUAACCCCUCUAUACAACCAAUAACAGUCGCUAGUAGCAAUGCCAGCAGAGGAGCCUUUACACUAGGUGAACUUUUCUGAACUUUACAUUUCAUUCUGUCACUUCUCUGUUGGAUGCAUUUCACUGUGUUGUAUCUACUGUGUGCAGAGGCCAAACUGAUCACGAACAUCCACUGCAGCGCUGACUGUACUCACAAUGGCCCACUCAGUGAAAUCUAUGCUGACUUGAAAGAUGGACAUCCAACUGGGAAAUUAACUUGCGAUAACUCCACUAACACUGUUGACUUUUUUGCAUGGCCCCUCCUCAACUGAGCUGCCCCAGUGUUGCUUUUUAUGCAGAGCUUACUUCACGGACCGCUUUCACAAGGGGAAGUAAGGGAAAACACUGCUUAUUAACUAUAUACUGAUGGCAAAACAGAGGAGACUGAGCGGGACUCUGAGAUGGAUGUCGAUUGGCAGGGACUUUUUCUUUAAAGAUAUUUAAAGCAGAAUGUAAAUAUGUCUUGAAAGUCUUUGUGCUGGUCGUUCUGUUUUUGUAAACUGAUGUACAGUAUCCUCCUACACUCGCUUGACUGAUGACACCAGUCUUACUGAACGUGCUCCUUGAACAGUUUGUUCCUGCUCUGUCUUUGUUUAUGCAAAGGUGCAUGUUGACUCUGUUCGUAUGACUCCUUAGUUUCGCUUUAGAUGUGCUAUCUGUGUAGAUGGGUAGGCCUGAGUAGGGUGCCGAUUGUUCCAGGUGAAGGUUGCUAUUUCUGAUACAUUCCAAAUUAUCAGGGUAGAUCACGAGAUAAAUUUUAAUGUCACUUUUUAUUUUAGACUUCACCUCAGCUGAAUUUCUCAAUAACAUCAGAAACACUCGCACUCUGUCAGCACUGAGUUUAUUUGAGACACAACAUAGACAACGUUAUGGGACUCUCAGAAUACACCCCACCACCUGCCCACAUGUUUUUAUCUGCUUUUUAAAUCUGCACAUAAAAACAUCUCAGUGGAAAUUCUGGACCUUUGGGAAAAAAAAAAAAAUCACAAAAUCUUCUGCUCCAUUGAGGAGAAUAAACAUCUUGGCAGACAGAAGCAUCACAUCUGUGUGAAGCCAUGAGGAAGCUUGUCAGAAAUAUUAUAUCUCCAUCAUUUCAUUCAUUACACCAUCUUGGAAGGAUUUAAUAGCCCCUCGCUGCAGAAUUAAUGCCACCAACUCUUUAUCAUGAUGAACCAACUCCUAAUAUUCACAUAACAAAAGCUGGUGGAAACCGCUUUAAAAUUUGCACAAAAUAAGAACAGACUUGUCUGCAGCUGGAGCACUUGUAUAGCUUGGAAAAGCAUCAGGACAAAAAUGUUUAAACUGUUAGAAAAAUGAUUGUUUUUUUUGUUUUGUUUUUUUGAUAAAAGGUGAAGGUACAAGCCUUUUUAUAUACAGUAUGUGGGAGAAGUUAACUACAGCUCCCAAGGAGCACUUUAGCAAGAAACAUGGGAUCACUGAGCCUAAAGUUCUGUCACACUAACAGGUGGGAGAUGAGGCUUACACCGACAACACAACCUGUGGGUCAAUGUGUGGUGAAUUCAGUUACUACAGUGCCCUGUUUUGUUCACGAGUUCAGCGAUGAAGCAUUUAGAAUUUGCUACAUCUCUGACUUUUCUUCCAUGACGACAGCAUGUAUAGAGCCACCAAACUGAGACAGACACACCUGGAUUCCUCAGAUUUCUCAGGAGGACGUAUGAGCUGUCUCUGUGAAGCAACACUGAAAAUGUCUUUUAAGAAAAUUUGAAAUAAGAAUGCAGAAUUGAACAGUCAUCAGUUCAUACUGUGAAACAACACAUCUUGAUACUAAAGCCAAAAG